GUCACUCUGCGCGGCGCGUCCUGGCCCGGGUCGUCGCCUAGCAACGGCGAGAUGGACCGAGAAACGGAAGGCCGCGAAUACUUGGCCCAGCACAAAAUCCCGGAGCUUUUGUAUAGUUUAACCUCAUUGCUGCUCUACCACCGGCCGGAGAGACCGCGAGAAUUUUUGAUAAAGACAUUGGAAAAAGUAAAGAUUGCCAAAGCGACAAGCGAUGAUUAUCCCAACCUUAUGGACGAAUCAAACUUGGAUGCAAUGUUCGAUAUGAUAGAUAUCGGGGGCGAAGGCUACAUAAAUGUAAUACAGUACAAAGGAGCACUUGAGUCUCUGGGAUUGAGUAGCCAGGAUGUACCUUAUAAAGAAAAUGAUAUAAUUACAUCAAAGGUCUUCAAAGAAAAUGUGACGAAAAAAUUUACUGAGCUGUGGAAAACAGUCUAAUCCUGAAUAUUUUCACCUGGAAUACUUUAUAUAUAUAUAUUUUAAUUUCUGGAAAAAAAGCUAGCAAUUUCAUUUAUAUGUAAUGGCCUUCACUUGUACUAAUUGUAUCAUCACUGAAGCAUUUCCUGCAUUUCAGAAUCUUCAAAACUGUUAUCCAUACUGAAUUUGCUAAAUAAAUAAUGGGAGUAUUAGCCAAACA